AGGCAAUGUCAGAAAUACCUCAAACUUCUGUUAAACUUCCCAUGCUAGACAUUUCUCAGCCAAUAUUGCACCCUUCUUCUUUAUCCUCUCUAGCUGAAGCCUUCAAAACAUGGGGCUUCUUGCACAUCACCAAUCAUGGGAUCUCCAAAGAUCUUUUCAGAAAACUAUAUUCACUUUCAAAUGGCCUCUUCAGCCUCCCUUCUGAUACUAAACUCAAACUUGGUCCUUUCUCUUCUGCAAAAACUUAUACUCCUCAUUUCAUAGCCUCUCCGUUCUUUGAAAGCCUCAGAGUUUCUGGCCCAAAGUUCUUUGAGUCUGCUCAAACUUCUGCCAAUGUUCUCUUUGACCAACACAACUCUGAAUUCAGUGAGAUAUUACAAGAAUAUGGGAGCAAGAUGACAGAAUUAUCGAAGAAAAUCGUGAAGAUCGCGCUGAUGAGCUUGGGGGAUGGUUUGGUAAAGAAAUUUUAUGAAUCUGAAUUCCAAAAUUGUCAUGGUUACUUAAGAAUAAAUAACUACUCAGCUCCAGAAAGCUUGGAAGAUCAUGAAGAUGAGGUUGAAGGACUUGGAAUGCACACAGACAUGAGCUGUGUAACAAUUGUGUACCAAGAUGAAAUCGGAGGGCUUCAAGUGAGAUCAAAGGAGGGUAAGUGGAUGGACAUAAGCCCGUGUGAGGGGACCUUGGUGGUGAACAUAGGGGAUAUGUUUCAAGCCUGGAGCAAUGAGAAGUUAAGGUCAUCAGAACAUAGAGUCAUUCUAAAGCAGCCGGUGAACCGCUUUUCUCUGGCCUACUUUUGGUGUUUUGAAGAUGAGAAGGUGAUAUUUGCACCAGAUGAUGUGUUGGGGGAAGAGAAUGUGAGGAUUUACAAUCCAUUUGUUUGCUUGGACUAUUUGAAAUUCAGAGAGAGCAAUGAGAGAGGGAAGUUUGAAAAGGUUGGGUUUACUGUAAGGGAUUUUGCUGGGAUUAAACAGCAAGCCAAAUGUGACAGUUGAAAAAACAAAAACAACAAAUUGAAGCUCCUCUUGUAAUUAAA